AUGCCCCCUAAACGCGCCGCAUCCGGCUCGGCUGCUUCUGCUAGGAAAAGAGCCAAAACCCCGACUGGCGGGCCACCAAGAAGCAAACGAUGGUCCGUUGUAUCUGCUUCGGCCAACGCCGACGCCGACUACAAAACUACCUGGAAUGAUCCCGACAAGUGGUACGAAUUUAUGACUAUUUGUUCGCCGAUACAGGAUAGCGACGAAGAAGAAGAAGAAGAAGACGACGACGACGACGACGACGACGACAAUACCAAAGGUGGCAAAAGUAAAGGGGAGGAGGAGGAGGCAGAUACUAACGAUGACGAUGACGAAGUCGGGGGUGCGACUCGGGAUGGACCUGGAUGCGGGAAGAAGCACUGCCUAUGUUUCAAACCUGCUUCGCUGAAUCCGGACCACUCGUGGGUCGUUAGCAAGGCAGGCUACCGGAAAUAUGUCAUCCAGCAUACUCAUCUCAACCUGCGUGAUCCUGAUAACUUUCAAAUGUACACGUUCAAUGACCAUGCUGGCUAUGGCUGCGUAGAAAUUGUGCAAAACUUGCUUCUAGACUAUGACGAGGCAGCAGAGCGUGGUUGGAGAGAACAAUGGGCUGUAUGCGAGGGUCUUGCUCUUUGGUUGCUGAGCUCAGCCAGCGGUAUUAUGAUGAUGGUUGAUGAUGGUGCCCUCGUCGAGGCUACAGUUCGCCUUGCCGGCCGCAUGUUUCUCGACAUGCUCGCUCAACUGGACAACCAAGAUCUAGUCGGCGACGCCACCGAUGUAAAGAGCCUUGGCACCUUCAUGGCUGUAUUCUUGAAACUAGUCCCCCAACUACGCGAAGUUGGCAUCCUUGAUGGCGAGAGGGGCAACAAAAAGAAAUUUGCAGUUGACCAUUUCGAUGAUGCUAUCCUCUCCUAUGCCAACCAGCGUGGUGUUACGUUACAAGGUCCAGAAGACAUAGACGAGCUCACAGCGGACCUUGCCGGCGAGGUAGGACUACCUAAAAAAGGCAAGAAAGACCCGUGGGGUUGGAAUGCCGAAUUGAAGAAAUACAAGGACAUGUAUGGGAAGGGAAAUACUGGUAUUGACGGUAUUGGCGGCGAUGCUUUAGACAUCACAACGUGGUCUAGCGCUAGACGCAAGGCGGCAAACUUCGAUCAUAAAGAUCCGCUGGGUAAGCGAGAAAUAGAUGCCAUCAAAAAGGGGAUGGUAAUGCAACUAGGAUAA